UGCAAGUCCAACCGGACGAAGGAAGAGGAGGAAAGGUUGGCUUGGGCUAAGGAGAAAAUGGAGGAAGGCCGGGCGUACUACGCGGCAAGGCCACGAUUCACUGCCACGGAUCCGGGAUUCGCAAACCGGAUAGAGGAAGGAAUCGCGGCUAAAAGGCAGCGGUCAGCUGAAAGCGAGACAGCAAGGCCAGCCAAAAAAUCGAGGCGCAGAGACGACGCUGCAAAGCCAAACGUCAGGCUCGAUCUAGAGAGACCGACUACAUCGAGAGCGGCGGCAAUGGCCAGUGAGAUAGCCAGAAGACACCUUAUCGUGGCACUCAUAGACCGGAGCAAUCCGCUGGGACAAAUCUCUCAGGAGCGCUGGGGAGCAGUAGAGCAUAAGCUGCUGGAUGCGCUUGUCGCAAAAAUGGAUGGGGACCCCACCACGACCAUGCCAACUUUCGAUGGUGCGGGGUGGCUAAAUGGGGUGAAAAUAAUAAAAUGCAAGGACGAUCCCUCUCUACUAUGGGUAAAGGAAGCUGUUGCGACGCUUCAAGGCCUGUGGGAGGGCGCCGUCUUGGAGGUUGUGGACCGCAGCUGCAUACCAUCCAUACCGAAAGCGAAGGUGCUCAUACCCCGCACGGUAAAACCGGAGAAUGCGCUGCGGCUUCUGCAGAGACAGAACCCAGACGUGCCGACGGGAGAUUGGAGGGUGUUAAAGGUCACCAACUCCUGUAAGGAGGAUGGCAGCCAAAAUUACAUCCUCCAAAUCAACAAGCCGGCCGAAGACAUACUAUACGCUAGGUUCGGGAAGAUGGCGUGGGGCAUAGGUAGCGUAUACCUUCGCCUGAAGAAGCGAAGCCUGGCCGAUAACAAUGCCAACACGCUGGAGGAGCGAGAGGUCGAGAAGGAUCUGGGAGAGAUCCUGGAGGCCACCUUGAAGCUCCAGGAGACCGAGAAGGGCGAUCCGGAGAUUCUACCCGACCCCGAAAAGAAUCCUGAUCCUUGCAGUGAAGGUUCUUCAAAUAAAUCUGCAUAAAAGCAAGGUCGCCUCUGCCGAGCUCCUCCUCAAUUUAGAGAGGAUCGGCUACGAUGCGGCGUUAGUCCAGGAGCCAUGGAUAGCGUCGGGAAACGUGGUAGCUGGACUAAAGUCGCAAACUUACUAUACGCACAUCCCGAGUGCAACAAACAGGAUGAUCUGACGGUGGUAGCUGUGAAGGAUGGCAAGGAUGACACAAUACUCCUUGCAUCUUGUUACAUGCCUCACGACGAGGAGGCGCCACCAAACGAGCUCCGGAGGUUGGUGGGAGAGGCCGAGAAGGCGAAACGCCCACUCAUCAUAGGCGCGGAUGCCAAUGCGCACAACACAGUAUGGGGGAGUGGAGAUACCAACGAAAGGGGUGAGUCUUUACUAAACUUUAUAUUAAUAAGUAAUUUAGAUAUAGCUAACCGGGGUGAGGAACCAACUUAUAUUGGCCCUACCUCGAAGAACGUCCUUGACAUAACACUCCACACUAGUGGGGGAAUCGGAGUACAGAAUUGGGAGGUGCUUAGUACACCCUCGUUCUCUGACCAUAGGUAUGUAGGAUUUCAGGUAAAAUUCUCAGCCCGUACAAAAAGCGAAACCUUCAGAAAUCACAGGAAUACAAACUGGGAAUUGUAUGAAAGGGUAGUGAGGAAGAAUCUAACCAAGUAUAGGGUAGGUGACUCCCACUCUGAAUUGGAGAAACUGGUAGUCUCACUUACCAACACUCUAAAUAAAGCUUAUCGCAUCGCAUGCCCUCCGCUACAUGCCAAGCGAGGUUCAAAGCCACCUUGGUGGAACAGGGGGCUCGGAGCACUCAGGAAAAAUGUUAGGGAACUCUUCAAACUGGCCAAGGUAGCCGAUGACGAGUUCUGCUGGAUGGAAUACAAGGAAGUACUUAAGGAAUACAAGAAAGAGAUUCGUAAAUGCAAGCGGGAGUCGUGGAAGAGCUUCUGCGGCGAAUUAGAAAAAACAACCGAGGUAGCCAGGCUAAGGAAAUUGCUAUCCAAGAACCCGACUAAUCCAAGGUUACUACGUAAAAAAUGUGGAGAGUGGACUGGAAGCAGUGAGGACUCACUGGAAGACCUAGUCAACACACACUUUCCGGGGUGUACAGACAGCAUAGAUCUGCAACUUCUAGGAGAUAGCGUGGAAAAUGUCCCCCCGGACAUCAUAACGGAAGAAAAAAUACGGUGGGCAAUCGAUGGCUUCGGGCCGUUUAAGUCCCCAGGCACAGACGGUAUCUUUCCAGCCAUGAUGCAAAAAAUUUCCGCAGUGCUGACACCAUACUUGAAAACAAUAUACGAGGGAUGUUUAAGACUAAACUAUGUGCCUGUCCUUUGGAGAGAGGCGAGGGUCGUAUUCAUACCGAAGGCGGGCAAGGGAAAUCCCCUCUAUUCGAAAGAAUACAGACCAAUUAGUCUAACUUCAUUCCUUCUAAAGACGCUCGAAAAGAUUCUGGACGCCUACAUUAGGGAUAAGCUGCCGUCGGCCAGCAUAUCAAAGGCGCAGCAUGCCUACACGAAGGGUAGAUCCACUGAGACUGCACUUCACUCACUAACCGCGGUAAUAGAAAAAGCUCUGGAGCAUAAAGAAUAUGCCCUAGGGGUCUUUCUGGACAUAAGUGGGGCAUUUAAUAAUGUCUCCUAUGAGGCAAUAAUGGAAAGCCUAGAAGCAGCCCAGGUAGAGUCUGCCAUCCUACUAUGGAUAAAAAGCCUGCUGAGCUGCAGGAAAAUUAAGGCGGAGUGGAACGAAGCCAGGUUGCUCAGACUAGCGCAUAGAGGAACUCCUCAGGGUGGUGUUCUGUCACCACUCCUGUGGCUACUCGUAGCGAAUGAGCUUCUGGGAAA